GAAAUGAUGUCUCUUGAUAUAUCUGACAGUGCUCAAAUCUAUGCUGCGUUUGUGGUAUACCUGGACCUCUUAGAAGGGAGAAACUGGCAUGAAGUGAAGCAUGUUGGAGUAGCAGAACUGCAACUUGUAUGUUUACAUGCACGUGAAAGAGAACAGGACAGUCUCCAAGUGAUGGUGCCCGUACCUGUGCACAUAUCGUUAAGCCAUGAGAGGUGA